AUGGCCGGCUCCCAGGCGCUCAUCGCCUUCAAGCAGCCCGACGGCGCGAUGGCCGUCAAGACCUACAACAUCACCUCCUACGCGCCACUCAAGGAGUCGAAGGUGUGGUUCGACGUUAAGGACUCCUCCGCGGAGGCCUCCUCGGGAGGCGCCAUCAUGCUCUUCGCCACCGUGGUGCUGCCGGAGAAGGGGAUGAAGGUGCUCAACCACGUCUGGCAGGUUGAGGGAUCCGUCUCCGGCGGCGUUCCGGCGAAGCACGAGUUUCAGCCCGCGAAUUUGAACGUGGAGGGAAGCCUUGAUUUGCUGAAAGGGCACAACAGCGCUUCCACUGACGGCGAUUCCAAAUUGAAGAAGAGGAAUGUGAGUUCUUUUUCUGGUAAUUUCGUUUCUGAAUUGUGCGGAUCAUGA